GGGUCAACAUGACACAGUGGUGGGCUCUCCUCGUCAUUGCUCACCUGUCCGUGUACCUGGCAGCCGGUCAGCAGCGCCACAGCAAAGCGCUGUAUCCGUAUAGGAUGAGGCGCGGGGCGUUUUCGCUGAUCAACCCCACGUUCCAGUCAUCCGAGGAGGACGUCAACCUGCUUUUCGAGAUCCUGCUCGCCGGGGUGCAGAUCCAAGACGGGGAACGCGCCCUGCUGAUCGCCGACGAGGAGCUGGCCUCCCUGAGGAGCGUGGAGAAGCUGGAGGUCAUCUGCGAGGACGUCCUGCCCAAGAGCCUCCCGGAGGUCCGGCGCCUGGCGGCGGAGCUCGGCCGGCGCCGGCGACCCCUGAGCUGGCAGGACUUCGAGAGGACGGUGCUGACCCUGGUCUACGCCGCUCAGACCCUGGCUCGGGUCGACGGGCAGCAGCAGCGGAGGGAGGCGUGGACGGACGCCGUUACGCAGCUGUUCAGGACCCUUCAGAGGGACCUCGGACCCUCUUGAGCGUCAAAUACUGAGCUACAGUGCGGAUCGGGUUUUAUACAGCGCCGACGUAACUCUGCAGUGUAUCUAGAGCACGGAUUGCUAUAGGAAGAAAUCACACAAAUCAACUUAACUAUCUGGAGUGAAGAAGGGUAGUGAAUUGAAUCUGAGAAUAUCUGAAAAGUUAAUGCACUUAGCUCUGCUUCUUCUUGUUUUUUUAGGGUCCGCCCCGAUACCCAAACACGUCAUGAGCAUUGAGCUGUGUGAAGAAUGAAAACACUCAUCUUUUUCCACAACUAUCCUCUCAAUAAAUCUAGUGGGCAAAACAUGCAGAGGGUUCAAUUGUACGCUGGAUUCACCCUGUAUUCUAUUAUAUGCGGAUAUAAAACGACAUCACUUUUGUUCAAAUGAGAACAUCUGAAACAAAUACCCUACAUGUAUGAAAAUGUAUGUUUGUUCUUUAAAAAUGUAAUCCGAUCCGGCUCGUCUACCUACUUGCAGUUAAUUUGAUUUAGUCGAACAGCAGGGAUGAAGGAACAGGAAACCGGGACGAGGACGCCUUGAGACAAAGGCGCCUGGGAGACUCUGAUCUAAUCGCUUUGCCAAUUGUCUUACUCCGCCGUGCUCAUUUGUAUUCAGUCCCAUACUGACUGGAAAUGUAAUGAAUUCUGUUUAAUCCACCCUACAUUAUGUGGAGAGUGAAAUAAAAGCUCUGUGUGUUUGAGCAA